GCGGCCGUGACAUUACAAAAGAAAAAAACAAAACAAAAUUAACGCCUCCCCGAAAAAAGGGGAAACUAAGGCAGUGAAACUCGAGCAAACAGAAUGUUCCAUUUCAGCGGCUUCAACAUGAUGUUCCCGGAGGGACGCAGUUUCCAUGCCACCUACAAGUGCUUCUCCGUAUCCAUGUUGCCCGGAAACGAGCGAUCCGACGUAGAAAAGGGAGGAAAAAUUAUCAUGCCCCCAUCCGCACUGGACACGCUGACCCGUCUGAAUGUGGAAUACCCGAUGCUGUUCAAGCUCACCAACGGCAAGAAAUCCCGAUCCUCCCACGCCGGCGUCCUUGAGUUCGUGGCCGACGAGGGCAAAUGCUAUCUGCCCUACUGGAUGAUGGACAACCUGCUGCUGGAGGAGGGCGAUAUCCUCAACAUCGAGAGUGUCUCCCUGCCGGUGGCCACCUUCUCCAAGUUCCAGCCGCACAGCACCGACUUCCUGGACAUCACCAAUCCCAAGGCGGUGCUGGAGAAUGCGCUGCGCAACUUUGCCUGCCUCACGAAGGGCGAUGUCAUAGCCAUCAAGUACAACAAGAAGGUCUACGAGCUGUGUGUCCUCGAGACGAAGCCCGGCAAUGCGGUCAGCAUCAUCGAGUGCGACAUGAAUGUGGAGUUUGAGGCCCCGGUAGGCUACAAGGAUCACUCGGAAAUGCAUGCUUCGGGCUCAGGACAACCGGGUGCGGCAGGAUCUACGGGCGGUGAGGUCGCCGGUGGGGCCAACGCCAUACUCGAGGAGGUCGUCGAGACAUUCAAGGGCUCUGGCGUCCGUUUAGAUGGCAAAAAGAAGAAGGAAAGCCAGCUGGAGACGCCAGUCGUCAAGAAGGUCCUGGCCCGCGGCGUGCCCGACUACGACUUUCAGUUCGGUCUCAUUCGCUUCGACCGCAACAUUCGUCCCAUCAGCGAUAGGGGCAACGAUGAGGGCGCCGCAGCUGGCAAUGCAGACGGUUCCGAGACAGAGAGCUUCCUCGGCACCGGAUUCUCGAUGAAGAAAACGCGCAAAUAGGUCUAGCUGUAGUUCUAGUUCUAGUUGUAUAUUGUGUGACACAUAGAAAUUAAAGGAAGAUCCUCACAGGGGCAGCGUCAA